GCCUGCCCUCCUGGGGCCGUUUCUAACAACACUCCCCCCCUGAGAGCACGGAGAACGUAUAAAGGGCAGCCUCGGGGCACCCCUACACCAGUCCCUGCUACCAGGUAGCCGCAGACACAAGCACAGAGGCUCCAGCCAGCACCUCCUCCAGGCAGAAUGCGUGAAUGCAUCUCUGUGCACGUGGGGCAGGCUGGCGUGCAGAUCGGCAAUGCCUGCUGGGAGCUCUACUGCCUGGAGCACGGGAUCCAGCCCGAUGGGCAGAUGCCCAGCGACAAGACCAUCGGGGGAGGGGACGACUCCUUUAACACCUUCUUCAGCGAGACUGGGGCGGGGAAGCAUGUGCCCCGCGCUGUGUUUGUGGAUCUGGAACCCACUGUGAUCGAUGAGGUUCGCACGGGCACGUACCGCCAGCUCUUCCAUCCAGAGCAGCUGAUCACGGGCAAGGAAGAUGCCGCUAACAACUAUGCCCGAGGGCACUACACCAUCGGCAAGGAGCUCAUUGACCUGGUGCUGGACCGGAUUCGGAAGCUGGCUGACCAGUGCACAGGCCUCCAGGGCUUCCUGAUCUUCCACAGCUUCGGAGGGGGCACCGGCUCUGGCUUUACCUCGCUGCUCAUGGAGCGACUCUCUGUGGACUACGGCAAGAAGUCCAAGCUGGAGUUCUCCAUCUACCCAGCCCCUCAGGUGUCCACGGCCGUGGUGGAGCCCUACAACUCCAUCCUGACCACGCACACCACCCUGGAGCACUCGGACUGUGCCUUCAUGGUGGACAACGAGGCCAUCUACGACAUCUGCCGGCGCAACCUGGACAUCGAGCGGCCCACCUACACCAACCUCAACCGUCUCAUCGGCCAGAUCGUGUCCUCCAUCACGGCCUCGCUGCGCUUCGACGGGGCCCUCAACGUGGACCUGACCGAGUUCCAGACCAACCUGGUGCCCUACCCUCGCAUCCACUUCCCCCUGGCCACCUACGCGCCGGUCAUCUCGGCCGAGAAGGCCUACCAUGAGCAGCUGUCGGUGGCCGAGAUCACCAACGCCUGCUUCGAGCCGGCCAACCAGAUGGUGAAGUGCGACCCCCGCCAUGGCAAGUACAUGGCCUGCUGCCUGCUGUACCGGGGCGACGUGGUACCCAAGGAUGUCAAUGCCGCCAUCGCCACCAUCAAGACCAAGCGCACCAUCCAGUUCGUGGACUGGUGCCCCACGGGCUUCAAAGUGGGCAUCAACUACCAGCCCCCGACGGUGGUGCCCGGGGGAGACCUGGCCAAGGUGCAGCGGGCCGUGUGCAUGCUGAGCAACACCACCGCCAUCGCCGAGGCCUGGGCCCGCCUGGACCACAAGUUCGACCUGAUGUAUGCCAAGCGGGCGUUCGUGCACUGGUACGUGGGCGAGGGCAUGGAGGAGGGCGAGUUCUCCGAGGCCCGGGAGGAUAUGGCCGCCCUGGAGAAGGAUUACGAGGAGGUGGGCAUGGAUAGUGUUGAGGGGGAGGGGGAUGAGGAGGAGGGGGAUGAAUACUAG